UGCCCCCCCAAAAAAAAAAUUGUGCUGGUUUUUGGCGCUAAGGGAUUCUUCUCUCAGUUGCAGCAUGUGACGAUUCUCUUUCUCUGUCUCUACGGCUUCCUCCUCGCCGCUAGGUUGGCUCAACUCCGCCGGCGAGCUGUGGGCGGUCACCGGAGAACAAUGUGCGGCCGAUUCAUUACUGAAACAGUUCUGAUUCCCUUUUCCUUCGUUCUCGCCAUAUCGAUUCUGAUCAUAGCCGACCCGCAAACCAACCUGCUCAACCUUGGCUGUAGCAACUACAACGCCACCAAUCCUUCCCUUUUUAUUGCCAAUCUCAACGCCACUAUCGCCGACCUGCUAUCCCGGAUCUCCACCGCAGAUGGUGGCGGAGCUCUCUUCGCGACGGCGGGGAGCGCUCGGUCCGACUCGCCGGUGUACGCUCUCGCUUUCUGCCGGGGCUACCUUUCCCGCGGCGAUUGUCUCAGCUGUCUAUCCUCGGCUGCCGCCCGAUUGCGGGCCUGUGGCUCGGGAACCGGCGGCCGUGUCAUCUACGACGGCUGUAACCUGCGGAACGAGAGCGCGCCGUUCUAUGAGCAGGGCACGCUCCCCGGAAACGUUCCUGUGUGCGUCAACGGGACAGAUUCCACGGGUGGGUUCGCCGCUGCGACGGAAGGGUUGCUGCAGGAUCUGAGCUCGGCCACUCCAAAGAUCGCAGGGUAUUUCGUAGAUGAGAUUAGAGGGGGAGUUUAUGCUGUGGCGCAGUGUGCACCGACGGUGAGCAAGUCGGUCUGCGCUGAUUGCUUGCAGGUGGCUUACAAGAACAUAAAGGGAUGCUUGCCGUCGAGCGAAGGGCGGGCCAUAGAUGCUGGUUGCUUCAUGAGGUAUUCUGGGAGUACUUUUUUCUCCACAAACAGUACUGUGGAUCUUGCAGCGUUGUUGGGCUCGGGGCAUAAGAGGGAGAAGAAGACUGCUAUUAUCGUCGGUGUGGCCGGGGUUUGCGCACUGUUGCUUCUGAGUAUUGUGCUAUUAUUGGUCUGGGUAAGAAGGAAAAGGCCGCAAGAGCCUUGGAGAGCAGAUAUACUGGGCGCAACAGAGCUUCGAGGUCCUAUGAAUUUUCAUUAUCGUGAUCUGAAAUCUGCAACAAAUAAUUUUAGUGAAGAAAACAAGCUGGGUGAAGGAGGAUUUGGUCAAGUGUACAAGGGCACACUGAAGAAUGGCAAAAUAAUUGCUGUGAAAAAGUUGGCAAUGACUCAGUCAAAGAAUGUGAAAGCAAGCUUUCUAAGUGAGGUGAAGCUUAUAAGCAAUGUUCAUCAUCAGAAUUUGCUUCGAUUGCUUGGCUGUUCUACCAAAAGUGAUGAGCUCUUGCUUGUCUAUGAAUUCAUGGCAAAUGGCAGUCUUGAUAAGUUCUUAUAUGGUGAAAUGAGUGGAAUGCUCAACUGGAAACAAAGAUUUGACAUAGUUGUUGGCAUGGCCAGGGGACUUGCAUAUCUGCAUCAGGAAUUUCAUGUCUGCAUCAUUCAUCGGGACAUAAAAUCUAGCAAUGUUCUCCUCGACGAUAAUUUCAGGCCAAAAAUUGCUGAUUUUGGGCUCGCAAGGCUCAUGCCCGGCGAUCAGAGUCAUCUCAGCACCUAUUUUGCUGGAACAUUGGGAUACAUAGCACCCGAGUAUGUUAUUCAUGGCGACUUGAGCGAGAAAGUUGAUACAUACAGCUUUGGUGUCGUUGUCCUGGAAAUAAUAAGCGGACAGAGGGGCAGUGAUUCCAAGCUUGAGCCUGUGCCUCAGCAUCUUCUUGAAUUGGCCUGGAAACUAUACGAGAUGGAUAAUUUACCCAAUCUGAUCGAUAAAUCACUCGAUCCUAACGAAUUUGAUCUCGAAGAAGUGAUAAGAGUUAUCACAGUAGCUCUACUUUGCACCCAAACUGUGUCAUUAAGACCAACCAUGUCUGAAGUUGUGGUUUUACUCCUCACCCAACAUUCUCUGCACCUCAAUCUCUCCAGGCCUGCUUUCAUAGAAAGCCCUGGAAAAGCUCAUAAUAACAUUACAAGCCACACUGGAUCAUCUUCCACAGAUCCGACGACCAUUAUAAUGCCGAAAUUUUCGGCUCGGUGAAGCCAACGGGUUUGUUUCUCUUGGUUUAGCCGAAAUUUAUGCAUACGGUCAUACCUGUAAAUUCACAAAUAGUGAGGAUUUGUUGUAUGUAAUUGGAAAUAAGGGAUUAGCUAAUUUCAAGUGGUUGGCAAGUAUUAAGUUUGUUGACCAUAUUUACAAUUUUGGUCUAUGUAAUGUUUACAAAUGAGAAACUUUAUGAUAAUUUGUUUAAUAUUUUGCAUUUGAAAUUUGUUAAA